AUGCGUUCUUCCGUCCUUUCGGCCACCGCUGUGGUUUUGGCUGGCCUUAACUUGGUCAAUGCCCAAACCUUCACCGACUGUGACCCAACAAAGAAGACCUGCCCUCCCAACCCUGGAUUGGGUACGACUCUCGUAACCGACUUCACCAAGAAGAGCUCCGACUGGAAGGAGGCCGAUGGCACUACCCUCAAGUAUGGAUCCAACGGUGCCGAGUUUACCAUCAGCAAGAAGACCGAUGCCCCAACCAUUGGUGUCAACAAAUACAUCUUCUUUGGAAAGGUCUCCGUCACCAUGAAGGCUUCCCCAGGUACCGGAGUUGUCAGCAGUUUCAUUCUCGAGUCCCAAGAUCUGGAUGAGAUUGAUUUCGAGUGGGUUGGUGGAGAUACCGCACACGUUCAGACCAACUUCUUCGGAAAGGGUAACACCACCACCUACGACCGUGGAGCUACCCACCCAGUAUCUGGCCCCAUGGACCAGUUCAUCACCUACUCUCUCGACUGGACUAAGGAGUCGAUCAAGUUCUACAUCGGUGAUUCGUUGGUCCGAACCCUCGCCUACAAUGACCCAAAAACUCUCAACGGCUUCAACUACCCCCAGACUCCUAUGCGCGUUAAGAUGGGAUCUUGGGUUGGAUGUGCUGAUGCCGCUGCCGCUGCUGAUGAGAAGACAAAGUGGACUUGCGAGUGGGCUGGUGGACCAUUGGACACUAGCUCCGCCCACACCAUGUAUGUCAAGAGCGUCAGCAUCGAGGAUUACGGAUGUGGUGGAGACUACAGCUACACCGAUCUUACCGGAAGCUACCAAAGCAUCAAGUCUACCGGAACUUGUGAUGGCAAGGCCGAUGAUACCCCAUCUAGCAGCUCCUCUGCUGUUGCGUCAAGCUCCUCUGCUGCCACCAAGCCAGGUGGAGUUUUGAUCGAGACUGCUUCUGGUGCCGGCUCGAAGACUGUCGGCGCAUCCGCAACCGGAACCGCAGUAUCUGCCACCACAUCUGCUUCCGCAAGUGGAUCUGCUGCCACCACUUUGAGCACCGCAACUCCCGCAUCAAGCACAGGCACCGCCGCCUCAGCUACAACAAGCGGCCCUGCCACAGUCACUGCCAACGCUGCCUCUUCGAUGAAGCCAAAGCACAAGUACGGUGUCCUUGACAUGGGUGUCAUGGCCCUUGGUCUCGGACUUGGAUACCUCGUCAUGUAA